AUGUGUUGCUUUCGGUUGCACGUGGUUGCAUUCGGUAUGCAAUACAUUGUUCCUCUUGAAAAUCAUAAUCGAGCAAAAUGUCAUGCCAUAAUCAAGCACAACCAGAUUACUGAUCUUCAUCAAUUGUUAUCUCCAAAACAAAUUUCUGAUUUCGCUGAUUCUUGCUUUGGGCAUUUUCUGUCCUUGCCAUCCUUUGUCAUGCAGUAUCAGCUAAUUCAUAAUCUACUGCUUAGGGAGUUGAAACAACCCAACCCUCAUGAGAUUUGGAUUGGUGUAGCUGGUAUGAAACUUCGGUUUGGGAUAGAGGAGUUUGCACUGGUCACGGGCAUUCGUUGUGUUGGAUCACAUGACAAGCAAGAAUAUGCUAGGCCAAGCAAUAGUUUCCUUAACACCUAUUUUAAAAGUAUGAAAAAGGUAACUAAGGAAAAUGUGCGUGACAUUUUAUUAAAUAAAGGGUGGAAGAAUGAUGCAGUGAAGCUGCCCAACAUCUACUUUCUGCACAUCUUUUUGCUUAGAUCCUCUUCUUUGGAUGCUGUCAUUCCCCAAGCUGACUUUGAUAUUUUAGAUAGUUGGGAAUUUGGUCAGUUUCCUUGGGGUAAGGAACUUUUUAAGGUUACUAUUGAGUCAUUGAAGAACAAUGUUGGAAAGAAAAAAAAGGAUUAUUAUUACAGGCUAUAUGGAUUUCCAUAUGCCUUUCAUGUAUGGUUUUACGAGUGUUGCCCAUACUUGAAUGACAACUUUUGUCAUCUCAAUGCUGGAUCUAUCCCAUGCAUCAUCAAUUGGACAAAUAACGAAAAUAUUAAGUUUGAUAAAGUAUCUUAUACUUUAUCAAUGAGUUGUGCUGAGCUCCAACUUCGAGAUAUCACUCCAACUGCCAAGGAAAGGAAAAAACUUCACUUGGAAGAAUUAUUUCCAAAAGGCAAGCAGUUGGAAGUUGAUGGAAGCCUUGCUGCUAAUGCUGGUGCUAGAGUUGCAACAUCUGGUUCUGGAGUUGCACCUCAUUCUGCUAGAGUUGCAGCAAAUGUUUGUCCAAUUGCUAAUGUUAGUGAUGAUGAUUUUGUGAACCCUCCCCCUCGAUCAUUCGCAGGUGCUUCCUCAUCUUCUAUGCCUCAGUUCUCUCUACGUGAAAUGCAAGGCCAGUUGUCAAGAUUAGAAACAAGUCACAAGGUUCUUAUUUCUGAUGUUGCUUCUAUAAAGAAAAUUGUUAAUGGAUUAAGUUCUCAUUUUGACUCAUCCAUUUUAAAGCUGCAUGAACUAAUUCUUUCCCAUAUUUUGGGAAAACAGGGUGAAAGUUCUGAUGAUGAUAUUGAAAGAAGAAGUAAGGCAAUGCAUGAUGAAUCUAAUGUCGGUGAUAAGGAGGAAGAGGUUGCCACUGAUUGUGUCAUUGAGGAAAAGUCUGAUGAUGAAGAGGAUGAAAAGGAUGAUGAUGAUGAGGAUGAGGGUGAGGGUGAGGGAGAGUCUGAGUCUGAUGAAGAAAAUGAUGGUUUUGAUCAUGAUGAUGAUGAAGAUGCAGAUGAUGAUCCUGUUGGAGAAGACAAAAAUAGUAAAGAUAGAGAAAAAGAAGAAGAUCAUACUUAUAUUGCGUGCCCUAGUGGAGUCAAAGAUGUUAGUAGUGGGCACAAUGAAGAUGAUAAUGUUGUUGAUUUUUCUGAUGAUGUUGACAGUUCACAUCAGGUUGCACCUAAGAUUUUGGGGGUUGCAGAUUUUGCAACCGAGGUUGAAAAUGUCCCCACAGCUGUUGGAGAGAUUGAUAAAGACGUUGCAUCUCAUUUUUCAAAUGUUGCAGAAUUAGAAACUGAGGUUGCACCUAAUCUUCCUGAAGUUGCACCUGAUCUUCCAGAGGUUGCAGAAUUAGCAAAGGUUGCAGAGGAUGUCAACAAGGUUGCACAGGUUGCAGGAACUAUUUCAUCCCAAUCUUCUUUUGAUAGUUUGUCUGACACGGCAUUGGAGGAGGCUAUGCAAAAUGCUAUCUAUGCUGUAAAAGCAAUCAAGACCCCGAAGGAAUCUACUCCCCAUUGCACUGCUAUAGUUCCAUAUGUUGGUAGUGGUGGGAGUAACUUGGCAUAUGUUACUCCUAUUUUGCCAAGAAGAACAAUCAAGCUGCCUUUCUACUUGCAAUCUCCAUUUGUGCAGAAUUUUGAUUCUACUUCUGCUCAAAGUAGUGAGGCAAAAUCUGGUGGAGAUAUUAAGAUUAUCAAAGGGUUUUGCCCAUUGGAUGACAAAAUUGGAGAAUUGCCAGACUAUGAGUUAUCCCAAGAUUUCAACAAAUGGCUUGAUUAUGGAAUGAUAGCCAAGAACAAGGUGAAAAUGUAUUCAAAGAAAGACAACCUCAUUAUCCUUGGUCUACAACUCGGUGUAGAUGUGAUUUGCCAAAAGACAUGUUUGCUUAUGUCUUUAUUUUGGGGUUGUGUUUGGUUGAUGUGGGUUGCUUAUGGUUGCCAUGUUGAUGUGUUUUUUUAUUAUUUGAGGAAGAAGGCAAAGUACUGUGACAAUUUUACUAUCAAGUUUAUCACAACUGAUUCUCAUUUCCAGACUAGAAUCAAUUCUAUCUAUGAGAAAUUUCUAAGUUGGAAACGUGAUUUUGGGGCGUUGAAUUGUAAUCAAUAUGUUGUAGAAGUUAUCAUGGGCUAUGCCUUGCCUUGCAAAAUUUCUUGGUCUAUGGUUGAUCAUUUCUUAUUUCCUAUCUUGCUUAUGAAGGAAAAACAUUGGUUGUUGUGUAGAUUAUCACUUAAAGAUAGGUCAAUGUAUGUAUAUAAUACAUUGACAUGUGAUAACAAGGACCACAUUGCUUUAAAAGCAGUAGAGCCGUUUCGUAUAUUGCUUCCUCAUUAUUUGUAUAUCACUGGAUUUUAUGACCGAACAGACAUAGACUUCUCAUCUGAGGCUUAUCCUGGGAAGUCAACGAGUUCUGCUUUUGAUGUAGUUCUGGAUGAUGAUUUGCCAUGUGGGUUGUCCUGUGAUAGUGGCAUUCACAUGUUCUCAUUUGCGGAUUACUUUGUUCAAGACAAGGAUAUUCCAACAUCUACUUUUGAUGUUGAAACUCAUAGAUCUAGGCUUGCCUUUUUGUUUUAUUCAUAUGCAAAGGAAAAGGAAAUUUAUGGAUAUUAG